CAGCCUCGAGCCGUUGCGGCGCGACGCGUCGCGAGGCGUCAUCGGCUGCUUCCAGUGUAGACUGUCAGAAUCGCACCGCUCUCCAGACGGACCCACCGUUGCUGUCAUCGGAGGUUCCCAUAAUACUCACCCCCCAAACAAGAACGCACUAGACAAGACCAAGACGACUACACGCUCCGCCGCGAUCUCCACACUAGACAGGAUGCGUACGUACUGUUAUUGGUUAUUCAAAAAAUAAUGUUUUGAUGAAGCAUCUUGGGUUGUUUUCGGCCUACACGAGCGCGAUUUUCAGAUCGUCGAUGGGAUCAAUGGAGAGUGAGACGGAUACGUGUUUAUUAGGGUGUAUUUUCUUCGACAAAUAAUGGAUUACCCAGCAUCUGGUUUGAGGAAUGAAGAAUCGUGCGUCGCUGACAUGAACAAAACGAUGUCUUGGAUCUCCAAACGGCUAGAGGUAUGGUCAUAUAAAAGACUCAACUGAUUGUUGACGGCUGAUAUUUUGUAUAUCAAACUGGGGUACCAGGACUGCUUAAUGUCGGAUUACAAAGCCCAGGCUGGGUUGUGCUUGCACAGAUGGCGAACACAAGUGAUCCAGGGGGAAGCAACCCCUCGCUCCAGAAUUAUGCCAUCACUGCGUCUGCGGUCAAACUGGCGUCUUUGGGGCUCAUCACCUGCAUCAGCCUGCUCGGCAACACCGUGCUCUCCGUGCUGGUGCUGAAAGACAGCUCGCUCCACAAGGCUCCAUAUUACUUCCUCCUCGACCUGUGCGUCGCAGACAUCAUCCGCUCGGCUGUGUGCUUCCCGUUCGUGAUGAUCUCCAUCAACAGCGGCUCCCUAUGGAGCUACAGCAUCCUCGGCUGCAAGAUCAUUGCGUUCAUGGCCGUCUUGUUCUGCUUCCACAUCGCGUUCCUCCUGUUCUGCGUCAGCGUUACGCGCUACAUGGCCAUCGCGCACCACAGGUUCUACUCCAAACGCAUGACGCUUUGGACAUGCGUCGCGGUGAUAUGUAUGGUGUGGACGCUUUCAGUCGCCAUGGCAUUUCCACCUGUCUUCGACGUCGGGACCUACAAAUUUAUUCGCGAGGAAGAGCAGUGCGUAUUCGAGCACAGGUACGUGAAAGCCAACGACACGCUGGGCUUCAUGCUCAUGCUGGCUGUGAUUGUGGCCACGACGCACGUCGUGUACGUCAAAAUGCUGUGUUUUGUUUACGACCACCGUAAAAUGAAACCCGCGCAGCUGGUUCCGGCUAUCAGCCAGAACUGGACCUUUCACGGACCUGGCGCGACGGGCCAGGCCGCCGCCAACUGGAUCGCGGGGUUUGGACGCGGUCCGACGCCGCCGACGUUGGUGGGCAUCAGACAAGCGUCGCACAACGCCAACCGGAGGCUGCUCGUGCUGGACGAGUUCAAGAUGGAGAAACGGAUUGGAAAGAUGUAUUACAUGAUAACGCUGGCGUUUCUGCUGUUCUGGGCGCCUUACAUUGUCUCGUGCUACAUCCGGGUGUUUGUGAAGGGAAACGCGGUUCCUCAGGUGUUCCUGACCGCGGCCGUGUGGUUGACGUUCGCCCAAGCGGGGGCGAAUCCCAUCAUAUGUUUCAUAUUCAAUAAGGAGUUGAGGAUGAGAUUCCGAGCCUGUUUGCCGUGUUGCCUGACUACACAAACACCCAUGGAGCCAUACUGUGUGAUUUGAAGUGUUCGACUCACUUGUUUUUACCUGCUCGUCAACAUUCAGUGGCCCCAACAUGUAGGCUACUAGUGAGACCGGGGAGUGUUUAAACGUCAUAUUUUGAUUAGAAUAUCCCCAUAUUUGUCUUCUUCAAAUUAAAGUCUCAUACUUCUCCCUAAACAGUAUAAAUUCAUGUCAAGUACAAACUUUACUUGACUUUACAAGUAGGCCUACUGAUUUAACAAGCCACCCUUCUACUGGGAAUGGGUGUAAUGUAGUAUAUUAUAUAAUUAACGUUUGUGCAUUCAUUUCUUGUGGCAAUCAGAUAUAUUUGUUUAAAAUCAUGAUUAUGCCACCUCCAUCACUAACUGCCAAAAAGGGAAACAAUGGGGAAAUAUAUAUAAUUGUCAUGAAAAAAUAUGAAAUAUAAUCAAAUUUCAAACAUUCAUAUAUACAAAUGCAUAAAACAUAGACGUUUGCCUCAUCAUAACCAUCAAUCAAGUAUUACAGCUGCCAGAAUCAUGUAUAACAGUGAGCACAUUUCUGAUUGUGUUAAAACACUCUCCUGUCUCCCCUAUUUAAACCCAGUUGAGUUUUGUUGCAUUAAUGUGCUUUAUUUUUAUUAAAUGAAUGCCAUUUGAUAUUUUGUUAUCUAAUGCAAUGCAUUCUAACAUGUUCUGAUAUUUUUUUGGGGGGCCACUGUAGCAUGUGAUCUUUUCUUUCAGUAAGAGGUGAAAAAGACCAACGUUGCAUAUCAGAAGAUCCAUAUCCACUUUUAUGCAAUCCACAUAUCGAUGUAAAUAAUGUAAAAAGAUGAUUUAUUUAUAUUCUGGAACUCUUUAUAACUAAUAUGUAAUAUAUUUGCUAUGAAUUUUUGUGUGAACAUAUUAUAAUGGCCAGUGUUUUUUUUACAAUCACAUGGACUAAAUGUGAAUAAAUCAAUUCCCUCUCACAGUCCGUUUAAAUGCCGGAAAAUAGUUUUCAGUGGACACCUGCAAAUUUGGCUGAUGGGUCAGACCAUGAUUUGUAUUUUAAUUAAAAUAAAUGAUUAUAAAUGUA